AAAAAAAAAAUCAGCAGUUUAUAGAAAGAAGAAGCUAUAGUCUGUCGGGAUAUCCAACACCAACAGUAGGGCUUACUGAGAGCUCCAUUUCUGGAAAGCGUUGCAAGACUGAGGAAUAUCAGACUGCGAAUCACCGGGAACAGUUCCCUUGCAGCACAGAAGCAAUCUCUCCCCAUCUUCGCAUAUUCUGAUGGCAAAUCAAAUGGAAGAAAAGAGGAAGCAUGACUGCAGAUCGGAUCAGUUCUCUUUGUGGAUUACAUUUUCAGUAAAAUGCAUGGAUAUAUCUUUUCCUUGUUCUUAUAUCUAGAUCAUGAGACUUGACUGAGGCUGUAUCUUUAUCCUCCAUCCAUCUAUGGCGAACUAUAGCCAUGCAGCUGACAACAUUUUGCAAAAUCUCUCUCCUCUAACAGCCUUUCUGAAACUGACUUCCUUGGGUUUCAUAAUAGGAGUCAGCGUGGUGGGCAACCUUCUGAUCUCCAUUUUGCUAGUGAAAGAUAAGACCUUGCAUAGAGCACCUUACUACUUCCUGUUGGAUCUCUGCUGUUCAGAUAUCCUCAGAUCUGCAAUUUGUUUCCCAUUUGUAUUCAACUCUGUCAAAAAUGGCUCUACCUGGACUUAUGGGACUCUGACUUGCAAAGUGAUUGCCUUUCUGGGGGUUUUGUCCUGUUUCCACACGGCUUUCAUGCUCUUCUGUAUCAGUGUCACCAGAUACUUAGCUAUUGCCCAUCACCGCUUCUAUACAAAGAGGCUGACCUUUUGGACGUGUCUGGCUGUGAUCUGCAUGGUGUGGACUCUGUCUGUGGCCAUGGCAUUCCCCCCAGUUCUGGAUGUGGGCACUUACUCAUUCAUUAGGGAAGAAGAUCAAUGUACCUUCCAACACCGCUCCUUCAGGGCUAAUGAUUCCUUAGGAUUUAUGCUGCUCCUUGCCCUCAUCCUCCUAGCUACACAGCUUGUCUACCUCAAGCUGAUAUUUUUUGUCCACGACCGAAGGAAAAUGAAGCCAGUCCAGUUUGUAGCAGCAGUCAGCCAGAACUGGACUUUCCAUGGCCCUGGAGCCAGUGGCCAGGCAGCUGCCAAUUGGCUAGCAGGAUUUGGAAGGGGUCCCACACCACCCACCUUGCUGGGCAUCAGGCAAAAUGCAAACACCACGAGCAGAAGAAGGCUAUUGGUCUUAGAUGAGUUCAAAAUGGAGAAAAGAAUCAGCAGAAUGUUCUAUAUAAUGACUUUUCUCUUCUUAACCUUGUGGGGCCCCUACCUGGUGGCCUGUUACUGGAGAGUUUUUGCAAGAGGGCCUGUAGUACCAGGGGGAUUUCUAACAGCUGCUGUCUGGAUGAGUUUUGCCCAAGCAGGAAUCAAUCCUUUUGUCUGCAUUUUCUCCAACAGGGAGCUGAGGCGCUGUUUCAGCACAACCCUUCUUUACUGCAGAAAAUCCAGGUUACCAAGGGAACCUUACUGUGUUAUAUGAAGGAGCAUCUGUACAUCUUUAGCCUUGUGAAACACUAACCUUCUCUGCUAAGCAAUUGUGGCCUGUAGCCAUUUCUUGAGAAGAAAAUCAAGAAUGGGAUCAGCAGUUAUAAGGAUUUGGGCAACAUUCUGCAGUCUUUGCAAUAGUUCACCUAUAAUCCUAUUUUAAAUCUCAGAGUGAUCCUGCUGACUGCCGGCGAAGGUUUGUAAUUACGAAAGGACUGAACCACUGCCCUAAGUUUCUUUAUGUGGUUGAAAACUAGAUAAUGAAAGUAGCAGGUGCUAAGUAUCAGUGCUAAACGCUGUGUAUAUCACUACUUACGAAAAAACAUCAAAAAAAAAACCAAUUAGCAUUGGACAUCUUAAUAAAUUAAGUUGAC